GGCGCUAGCGGCGUUAGCUUCCAGGAUUCAUUCUGUGUAUCUUUGGUUAGAAGAGGUUUUUUGCUGCGUGAGCUGAACAUGUGAGUGUCUGCAUAAACAAUAUCUUCUUUUCAUCAUGAGAGAAUUAAUCAGAGUCUAACUGCUGCUGCGGGAGAAAUACUGAACAUCAUUCACUUCAAUGGAAAUGCCCGAUUUCAUGUAAAGCGUCAGUGAGUGUCCUGAUAAAGCGAUAUAACGGGCUGAUGUCAUAAUUUGGAGGAUAUCGAUCAUCAGCUCAGACUGUCGGAUAUCAGCUGGAAAACCUCCCGGUCUUACGCAGCAUCAUGUCUGUUGCUACUUCAGAUGUUCUGGUUGACGAUCGGAGGCGGAUAAAAGAGGAGCAGGAGGAACCAGAACCUCAGCCAAUCAAAGUAGAACAAAUUCAGCUGUGGGUCUUUCAGGAUGCAGGGCAGCUUUUAGUGAAACAGGAGAGCAGCGCCUCAAUGGUGACUGCUGCUGAUGAGGAAUUAUUCCACAAUGACCCAGAACUGGAGCAGAGGAUGGAGACGAAGCAGGAACCAGAACCUGUAGAGAUUAAAAAGGAACCAGAAGAAUCAGAACCUGUGAAGAUUAAAGAGGAAGAGGAGGAUCAGGAUGAAGAUCAUCUUACGGUGAAGCAGGAGCCUGAAACCAUUAUGGUGUUUCCAACUACUGAGCAAACAGACAGGAAGCAGCUCCUCUCUGGAGUCCAGGCUGAAGAUGAGAACCAAGGAAGCAACCAGAACCACUCAGGAUCCAGUAGAGAUGAAGAUCUGCAGCCAGAGCAGAAACCUCUCGACUCCAGAAAUCAGAGGGACAAUUCAGAACUAGAAAGGCAAAAAUCCGAUUUGGCCCUGUGUGGCGUAUGUGGUAAACGUUUCACUAAGCCUUACUACUUAACUGCUCACCUCAGAACUCACACAGGGGAGAAGCCACAUCCUUGUGACAUGUGUGAUAAAUCUUUUAGCACAAGAAGUAAUUUAAUACGCCACCUCAGAACACACACUGGUGAAAAACCAUUUCCAUGUGACAUGUGUGAUAGAGCUUUUAGCACCAGAAGUAUUUUAACUUGUCACCAAAGAACUCACACAGAUGAAAGACCAUUUCAUUGUGAGUUGUGUGAUAAACUCUUCAGACGCAACAGUCAUUUAGCUGAUCACCUUAAAAUUCACACAGGUGAGAAGCCACAUCCUUGCAAACUGUGCGGUAAAUCGUUCAUACAGAAGGUUAAUUUGGCCGAUCACCUGAGAACUCACAGAGCGGAGAAACUGUUUAGUUGUGAAUGCUGUAAUAAACGUUUUGUACAGCAUCGUGCUCUGAUCUGCCAUAUGAGAAUUCAUACCGGUGAGAAACCAUAUUCUUGUGAACUAUGUGAUAAAUCUUUCAGAUUGAGAAAAAGUUUAGUUUGUCACCUUAAAAGUCACACAGGUGAGAUUGGCAGGAAAUCAUAGCUGCUGCUAAAAGUUUAAAUGUCUGCUAGCUCCACCAGAGAACAUGUCAUGGGUUAGGCAGACUGAAGAUAACUUAGAGCAGAAACUCAGAACUAGUACUAAUAAACUUUGCUGACUGCAGUUAACAUCAGAAAGCAUGAUGGAAAUGUACAAAAACUAAUCAGGGCUGCUGCUGAAUGUAUUUUCUACAAUCAGAUCAAUGUUUAUUCUGAUAUCUAUAUAUAUGUAUGUAUGUAUGCAUACAUACAUACUUCGAUAGCCAGAGCUACCAGAGAGAUGAUACACACUCCGCCUACUAAAGAACUUGCAGUCAGGUAGAGCUGCUGUCCAAGCUCUGACUUGUACUCAAUCUGCAGAGACACACACACACACACAUAAUUUAACAAUGCUGAGAUAGGCAUAUCUGUUUUUAUAUAUUUUUGUCUUUCCCACACACACAGCUGUGCCUAUCCUAAAGUGAAUACAUGCUAUACAGCUAAAAUCUUCCACAAUUCCAAAAAAAUAACACUCAUUUUACAUGACUGCACACAAUAUGCAGGCAGAAUGAAUUGCCUCACAGUCAGGUUUGCACUUUACAACAACCUUUUCCACUCUCAACCCAUUUCCUCUCCAGCAGAAAACCUCCAGCCAGCUCUGACCGUCUGUGAGGGUCUGGAAGAGCAUCUCUGCUGUGUGCUCCAUAGCCUGCCAUGG